GGUGCCUUUCUCUUUCCAAGAUUGAAUCAAGUUCGAAUUGAGGGGCAUUGGACUUGCCGAAUGGUGUACUGCUCUCCCGCUCUCUCUCUACACUCGCGAUUUCCGGGUCCCCGCAAUGAUUGAUUUCGUUGUCCGCCUCUAUGACCCAUUUGCGAAAAACGCGCCUUAGGUCGCGGAUAUUUCGAUGCCUCCCAUUUCCCGUCAGAGAAGACCUCUGUCAUAUGACGACCCGGCGCUUUCAGACGAAGAUGUCGGCCUCAUCUUUCAGGUUAUCACUUUCGCGGAGGCCGACCCCGAGGUCAAGCGCCUGCCCUACCGAGCUCUAUUUCGGGCAUACGAUCAGGUCAUCGAGGAACAUGGCGUCGACGCCGACCCGAGCUACGCCUGCAUGCGGUUCUUGCUGAAGAUGGGGAAUAAGAAUGUCGUGGGAAAUGACCUCUACGAGAAGUUCGAGAAUCUGUUAGAACAGGUGGGGAUCGUGCUGGAGAUAGGGACGAAUGACGGUGAGGGAAAUGAGUCGACGUAUGCGGGCAGUGUGUCCUCGAUCGACAGACGACCGAGGAAGAAUGUCCCUUCUGCCGACGACACGACCCAGGCUACCCCGCGGAGACGCGCCUCUUUCAAUUCAAUGUACGAUGUGGGCGACGAUCCCACGCAGCGGAGUUUGCUUAAUCGCCCGAGUUCGCGCUCCUCUAUGUCACGACUCCCUGUGGAGAAGCCGGAGUUCUUGGAUCAGUAUCCGGAUUCGCGGCCUUCUCCUGGGCGGGCGGCUGCUCGCACGGGAACUGAGUCGCCGGAUAGGACGCAGCUUAUUGCCCAGUUUCUUGACGUGGGUCGCAGAUUGAUGUACCGGAUGGAACAUUUGGAUCCGAAUAACGAGACUGGUGGACAGCCUGUUGUGGCUGGUCGUGGUCGCCGUGCGAGAUCUGCGGUUGACAAGGACCGCUCAGCGAGAAUGGUCGAGAACGCCAAUCCGCGCAACCAGUUUCGCAAUCCACCCCCGCUCAGCUCGAGUGAGGAUGAUGAAGAAGAAGAAGAAGCGGACGAGUCGCCGUCUGUCUCAUCGCAGAACGAUCACGAUUCAGUCGGGCGGGUGGAAGUCGCUUCGGAGAUGCUGUAUCGUCCAUCAUUGUCAGACCUGCUGCGGGACGCGUCAACGUUCAAUAUGUACCGACAACGCGCAAUCAAUCGAAAGAUCUUGGCUCACUGGGUCAAAAAGGCUGUCCAGGCGCGGCAGAGCCACCGGCAUAUGGAACUCGUCGCUGUGAACCGGGAUAGUCUUACCCUGAUGCGCCAAGCGUUCGAAACGUGGCAUUCGAUCAUCCGGAAUAAGCGGCGCGCAGUGCAAACGGAGCGGUUCUUCAAACAUCUCGAGGAGCGCGCCGGGCGAGCGCGAGACCUGUAUCUUGUCACGAAGGCAUUCAGUCAUUGGGCGCAAGUUACGUCCGACGAAGUGGCGAAGACAUCUGCCGCGCGGCGACAUAUCCUCGGCGUGAAAUACUUCAGUGCGUGGCGUGAAAUCACCGCCGUCAAUGAGAUGAAGGCCCAGAGGUUCGCCUUACCCCGACCCUUCCACAACUGGCAACAGAAGGUCCGUCGGCUGCGAGAGAUGGAGGAAACCGCCGAGGCUACGCGGCAGGCCAACUUGAAGCAUAAUGCCUUUUGGCAAUUUUUCCGGGGUUACUGCGAACGCCGCGCUCCUCAGUGGUACGACUAUCGUCUUAAAAGGCGCUCCCUGCUAUCCUGGCUACGGAAGUUCCGAACCAACCGAGAGCGCUACCAAGAGAUCGCGCUGAACGAUAAACGGGAUGCCCUUGGUUCCGCGUUACAAGCAUGGUCGCAGAAGUUCAAUACGAUUGCUAGUUCCGAGCAACAAGCAGUGUCCUUGCACCGUGGACGGGUCCUCGAGGACACAUAUACGGAAUGGCAGAGUCAGACCCGCCUCGCCCCAGCGGCACGCCAAGUGUCUUCCAUGGUCGACACUCGGAUACUUCUCACAGCCUACACUCAGUGGGUCACCCGGAUGCACAUGGUCCAACAAGCAAGGGAGAUGGAUCAGCGACGGAUCCUGCGCAAUGCGUGGACGAAGUGGAACGAUCUUCUCCGGUGCCAGGCACUAAAUGCGCGCAUAGAAGAGCGGAUCAAACUGGAGACCAUGUACAAGUGGAUCCUCGCCGAACGAUUCCGUCUGAUGCAACGAAUCCGAGAAGCACGAAUCAAACGCGAAGUGUUUGCACGAUUCGUGACGAACACUCGCCGGACGUAUACCCGCUUACUCGACCGCGCCGAAGCCAUUGAAGAGAGUCGGAAUGAGGACCUGCUUCGAUCGAGAUUCAAUUGCUGGCGGGACAAGCUCUCGCUCCAACGCCAGCGAGAGGCUGUUGCGUUUGAAUUUUACGCUCCACGACUGGCACAGGAAUCACUGGUGGCCUGGCGCUCCAAAGCUGGACAUGCGCUCAGGUUGGAGGAAUGGGCCCGGGAUGCUCGAUUCUACUUUCUAGCUACGAAGACCGUCAAGCACUGGUACGCAGCGUCACUGGUCGCUGCCAAGCGUCGCCGUCAAGACGCUUAUGCGAGAACGCGGCGGAUGGUCAAGGUCCAUCUUGCAUCUAGUGCGCUGACCACCUGGUCCGCCAGAGCUCGCCAUGUCGCGAACAUGGAACAGCAAGCCCUGGAAUUUUGGCGGAGGCGAUCCAUGAACAUCGCGUCUGGCGCCUUGGUCCGGUGGCGGGGGGAGACCGACAAGCGAGUCCAAGAGUGCGACGACGCGGAGGUCUACCGUGCUCGACAUGUCGCCUACGAUCAACUCACGCACUGGGUCGAGAAAUUGAUCAGUUAUCAGCGCAUGCAGAAGCAAGCAGACGACGUAUACCGUCUGCACAGUCUCCCACGCGCCAACACGCAAUUCCGCAAACUCAGUCUACGCAUCUUCCAGAUCAGCAGCCAUUACGAGACAGCAGAUGCGCUGCAUGAACGCAACUUCCGGAAACACGUCCGGGGCGCGUUCCGCAACUGGUUGGAGAAAGCUCGCAUGCAGCUGGAAGCCCGCGAUUCGCCCGGCCCCUUACUGAGCCCCUCGAAGACCACCACAAACGGCCACCUCGAAGGCCCCUUGAUAUUCGACCCCUGGUCCCCCAUCGGCACGCCUUUCAAAAACAUGAGUUCCCCCUUGGUCGCGGACUCCCAGGGGCCCUCGGCCGCGCCAUUCGUGACGCCCAACGUUAUGACAUCCCCCUCGAAGCGGGCCGCGCGGGCGAAGGCGUUCGCCCAGGCUUCGACCACCCCUGCCACGCCAUUAUAUACGCCGUUUGCCAGUCGACUGCGACUUGCGUCCGAGGGACGCCCGUUGUCAAGUCUCAGGGGACGCAGUGGGCGGGGCAAUUCCAUCGGGGCUAACGUGCGUUUUGUAGAUGACGAGCCCCUGUCGCCAUCCGAGGGCCGGAAGUCCGGUGGACGGCGGGUGUAGAUGAUGUUGGGCUGUGAUUGUACUAUUACUAUCCCUAUCACUAUU